CUUAGAAUUUUGUCUUCAAAGAUUAUCAAACGGAAGUCAAGUGACUGACUUUAGAGACCUGUCCUCUGAGCCAGGGACGAUCUGUGGUAUCAUACAUGAACGUUAAAGUUAUCGUAAACCAAGAUGGAGGUUACAGAAUCCUCUGCAAAUGCUUCUCCGAGAUCUGUACACUCGAGAACUGGUACGCCAGUGAGGUUCACCAAUCAUUCAAGAAGUCGAGUUAAAGUUUUUUGGCUCGACUAUCAGGGAAGCCAGGUUUUUUAUUCUACACUUGAACCCUCAAACGGUUUUUACGAUGUGAACACUUACGUUACUCAUCCCUGGAUUGCAGUUGACGAACAAACGAACCAGCCAAUGUUAUUGAACUUUGAAAAGAUCUAUUAUCCUUUAGCCCCCGAAUAUCGAGAAAUGCAUGAUGGAGAGAUGAUGGAGAUUGUUAGUAGAGAAGUCGUCAUCACUUCAGCCGUGCCAUAUACUCUUCAGGAAAACUGUAAAGACUUAGUGAAGAAGACCGUUUCGCCACAGAAUGCCAAACAACUUCCCCUGCCUCAAAGAGUCGUCAGGGAAAUUUGGAAUGACCAUUAAAUGUUUCUUCAGGUUUUAAUGUCACCCAAUUGUUAGGAUUGGUUGAUGUCAAAGAAAACACCAAGUAACGUUGUAAACUAAUAGGUAGUUCAUUAGCUAAUGAUUAGUGCAUUGUUAGUAGUUUACUCUUGGUAAUGUUAGUUCAUUUGUAAAUUUAUUUCAAUUUAUGUUUUCCAGGGACAGGUGUUGUAAAUAACACUAAAAUCAAAUGAAAAAGAACUUGUUCUCUGAGACUCAGAAACAAAACCUUUAAAUUCCAUUUGUCAGUCCUGCAAACAAAAUCAGUUAAAUGCAUGAAGAACACCAUUCAACUUCAGUUAGGUAACCAAAACUAGGAAUAUUUUCUUUACAUUUUAAUAAAUAUUCAUUUGGUAAUCUGCACUGUACAACUUUGUAAACUGUAAAUUUUGUAACAGUAUAAACUAUUUGUUAAGUUUAAAUUACAUUUUAAACCAAAACAUGAAAAUACCAAGGGACAAAUACCAUGCACACCAUCUGGUUCUUAAUGAUAACAAUCACUAUUAGUAUAUACCACACAGGCGAAUAAUGCUUUCUGCACAUGUUGAUUUGCUGGUUCAGAAGUGAAUAUCAAUUACUGUCCACCACUGAGAAGCCAAAGAGACAAAAUCAUACACCAGCACUUUAAUUUCCGACCGUUUUUUGCUAAAUUGCCAGAAAUAAACUAAUUUUUUGGUUUCUGUGUGUACAUACUAAUUAAACAAUUAUUUACACCUGUGUUGAUGAAAGUGGUUAAAAUUAACCUCACUGCUUUGUACCUCGGUAAAUAUUCACCACUAGUCACCUCCACUUUGGUGAACAAUACUGAUUUUAAUAUUGCUAUAAUUAUUAUUGUCUAUUUCUCAAUUUCCACUAGUCCCCCAAUUCUGCCUUCAGCAGAUUGCACAUUUUUGUAUUACCAUUAUUUACUUCAACUCUCCUCAUCCAAAAUCCCCUACAAGCAUAUUUAGAAAGUGUACUUUUUAGUAAAAAAUGCAAUUAAUGGUGAAUAAGAAAUGCAAACUAAAUGCUACAGGUUGACUGGUAUGAAUUUUUUUUUUUUUUCAACUCCCUGAUACCAGCUGGCAUUUUGUAAAAUGCCACAAUACAGUGAUUGCUUAAAACAUCUGCCUGAGCUACAAUAUCUUCCUUUCAUUAAAUCAGCCAUAUUUCAAGCUACAAUGUACUAUUCAGUGGUGUAGAAGAGCAGCCACUUUGUCCAAAUCUUAGACUGACCUUUAAACUCCCAUUGUUGACCAAGAUCGAAUUUCU